AUGCUUCAAGGCUCACAUGUCUACUCGCAUCAGCAGUACCACAACCCUCAAGGCGAGCCGUCAUGGAUGCACCAGCAAACGCACCAUCAACAUGCUCAGCAAGCAGCAGCCGCCGCCGCCUCGGCAGCGCAGCAACAGCAUUUCAAUCGAGUCGCGGCAACACAUAACGCGACUGCUCCCUUAGCAGCAUCGGCACAUGUACAGGAUAUUGCCGUGAUGGACAACGUUACGGAGGAAAAUAAGCGGACGCUCGGCUUCAUCUCUGAUCUGUUAACGGAGGACACAAGGGAGGCAGCGCUUUUGGAAUUGAGCAAGAAAAGAGAACAGGUGCCUGAGCUUGCUCUGAUUCUCUGGCAUUCAUUUGGUGUCAUGACAUCCCUCCUCCAAGAGAUUAUCUCUGUUUAUACCCUUCUCAACCCAUCUCAGCUUACCGCUGCUGCAUCUAAUCGCGUCUGCAAUGCCUUGGCACUCCUACAAUGCGUCGCUUCUCACAAUGAGACACGGGCGCUUUUCCUAAAUGCUCACAUACCUUUGUUCCUAUACCCGUUUCUCAACACCACUUCCAAGUCAAGACCGUUUGAGUAUCUUCGAUUGACUUCUCUCGGUGUCAUUGGAGCUCUCGUCAAGAACGAUUCUUCCGAUGUGAUCAACUUCCUCCUCACAACCGAAAUCAUCCCACUUUGCCUGCGGAUAAUGGAGACGGGUUCGGAGCUCAGCAAGACUGUGGCCAUAUUCAUUGUGCAGAAAAUUCUUUUGGAUGACCAUGGGUUGAAUUACAUCUGCGCAACAUACGAGAGAUUCUACGCCGUGGGAACCGUUCUCAGCAACAUGGUAUGUCAACUGGUGGAGCAACAGACUGCUAGGCUCCUCAAGCAUGUUGUCAGAUGCUUUUUACGCUUAAGUGAUAAUGCUCGCGCACGAGAGGCACUCCGCCAGUGCCUCCCAGAACCUCUUCGAGAUGCCACUUUUUCAUCAGUACUCCGUGAUGAUGCUGCGACCAAGCGCUGCUUAGCUCAACUCCUGAUCAACUUGUCGGACAACGUUGUGGACCCUUCAGGAAAUCACCAAGGCAUAUAA